GAGGUGUGGUGGUAGGUGGUGCAUGCUAGGGGCGGAUCCUGGCAAGCCCACUUUAGAAUUAAAAAUGGAGUCUGCUGUGGCUGCUAUGUGCGUUGAGGCAGGAUAUGUCUCUGCAAACCGUGAGGCCAUUGAAGUACUUGCUCAAGUAUUACAAUCUUAUAUUAAAGAGAUUGGUCACACAUCAAAUGUCUAUUGUGAAGUUGCUCAGCGAUCAGUUCCAACUGUAUCUGAUAUUCAUUUAGCAUUUAUUGAACUAGGAGCAAGGUUUAUGAAUUUGGAAGAGUAUGCUCAAAGACCUCAGAGAAGGCAUAUACCUCGACAGUUACGUAGCUAUCCUAAUUUGCCUGGCAAGGUUUUACAAGUUGGAUCUCAUAAGAAGCAUCCGCCACAUAUUUCUGCUAACUUUCCAUCUUAUCCUGACAAUCAUACUUUUUUGAAAACUCCAACAUACAGUGUACCUGAUUCUGACUAUUGCAUCCUGAAAGAAAAAAUGGCCACUCAAAAUAAAUGUUCAAGAGAAAAUCUUUCAACUUUAAUUUCGAGAGUUUGUCCAUCAAUUCCUGUCACUUGCCACUCUCUUUUACAUGAUAUUGAUGUAUAUAAAGUUUUAUUACCAGAAGCAUCAGAAAAACCAGCUUUUAUUAAUGGAUUAGUACCACAGGAGAUUGAUCUGGCUCAAAUACAGAGACAAGAUGAGCAGAGUAAAAAACUUGGGUGGACUAAUAAUUGAAUUAAUAUUCUGUCAAUGCUUCAUGAGAUUUUACAAUGUACUUUCUUUGUGGCUAUGCCAACAGUCAAGACUUGGCAAAAUGUGAAUUUUUUUUACAAUUUUACAUUAUUGAUAUUAAUACAUUAAUGUAGAUUAUUCUUACUUUAUUGGAUCUACAUUGUAGAUGCA